AGUCGGAAUAAAUAUGUUUUGCGGGAAGUAAAAAAGCGAUAUUAAUUCGGUUGAGUCCGUAGGUAUGAUAUAUUAUGAUGUGAAAUACCUAUUUCAUUUUCAUUUGAGUUGUUGCUGUUGAAAGAGAAUUAAUGAUUCAUACCUAUGUAGUGUUUUCAUUUUAAAUCAAAUACUUUCUUGGAAAAUCACCAUGUUGUUGAUUUUACUAACGGUUAUUGUUCAUUUUUUGGCAACUGCUGAUUACACAUUUGGGUGUAAUUGCGAACUUGAAACAGAUAUUGAAAAAAAUUGCUUCAAACAAUACACGGAGAAUUAUAACUAUCAUCAAUAUUUCCCCGUCGAAAAAUCCACCAAAAAAGAUAACAUUUUGGCCUCGGUGACGUUUUACGUAAAAGCUGAUCACGAUGCUCACGUACUUUUGUCGUCCACAAACGAUAAUCAUACCGUCAAAGGAUCGGUUUAUGAAAUUGUUCUCGGUGGAGCGAACAAUACAGCGGCUGAAAUUCGAAAAGGACAAAAAGCCAAAGGUGAAAGAGCUGUGAUGAUAAAAAACGCGGUUUCCCAUAACGACUGGAAAGGAUAUUGGAUUCGGAUCAACGAUGGAGGUUCGAUCUUAGUUGGGAAGAAGGAAGACGAUUUACCAUUUUUGCAUUGGAGGGAUCCUCAACCUAUACCUAUCAAGUAUUAUAGUUUUUCCAGUUGGGAUAAUACGGUCGCAUUGUGGGCUCAUCAGUGUUCCCGUAAUGAUACUGGUAAUAACAGGCCUACCAAUGACACUGAUUCUUCACAGCCUUUGCAAAGGCGGGGUCCCUUCGAUUCUACUAUUGAGGAUGAGAAAAGCUGCGAAAAUUACACCACUCAGGUUUCAUCUUAUACGCAAUUUUUCCCACUCGAAAAGACGAACAAAGCGGAAAAUCUUCUGGCAAAUCUGACCUUCUACGUAAAGGCUGAAAGCAACGCGCAUGUUGUCUUAUCGUCCACUAUCCAACCAUCGGAAAAUGAACCAGUUUACGAAAUCGUCUUAGGCGCUGCUAAUAACACGAUGUCGGAAAUUCGUAGAAUGCAAAAGGCUAAAAGUAAAGUGACUGUUAAAAUGACCGAUGCGGUAUCGUCCAGCGAAUGGAAAGCGUAUUGGAUUCGAAUUUCUACUGAUGGAUUAGUUCAAGUUGGAAAAGAAAAUGAAGACAAGCCUUUUAUCUAUUGGAAAGACCCGCAGCCUUUGCAAGUGAAAUAUUACAGUUUUUCUACUUGGGAAGAUGUGACUACUUCUUGGAAACAUCAAUGCUUACCAUCCAAUUCGUCGAAUGAGUUUGAUCGAACCAUUGAAAGAAUUUUCGGAGAUGACGACCAACAGUGUAAAACUUUACACACUGACAGUAUUCUUUACCAUCAGUUCUUCCCAAUUGAAAAACAAAACAAAACCUCGGACAUUUUAGCAUCAGUUACGUUUCAUGUCAAAGCUGCCAGCAACGCUCACAUCUUCCUAUCCACCAAACCGAAUCCGCCAAUAAACGAACCCGGUUACGAAAUAGUUUUGGGCAGUGCGAGUAACACAGCAUCGGAAAUUCGAAGAGGUCAAAAAAGUGAAAACAAAACCAGAAUUGCUACAAAUAACAUUGUAUCUCGCGACGAAUGGAGAAGUUUUUGGAUUCGAGUAAAAUCAUCUGGCUUAAUUAUGAUUGGAACUGAAGGCGAGGAUUGGCCCAUCUUAUACUGGCAAGAUCCCAAACCUUUGCCAAUCAAGUAUUAUAGUUUUGCAAGUUGGCCUGGCGUGGAUGCUCUUUGGGAACAUCAAUGUCCGACGACCAAUUCGCAGCCAAUCGAAAGAAUCCAAAGAGAAAUAGAGAUUCCGGAAAACUGUCAAAAUACCUUCACCUUCAGUUAUAACUACACCGAGUUUUUCCCUAUCGAUAAAAUCAAUCUUGAUGGAGAUAAUUUCGUACUCCUGACGUUUUUCAUCAAAGCUAAUAGUAACGCUCAUGUUUUACUAUCUCAGACGACAAAAGUAACAGGAACAGAGCCAGUGUAUGAAAUAGUAUUGGGUAGUGCUAACAACGUCGCGUCUGAAAUUCGCAAAGGACAAAAAACUGAGAAUAGGGAAAUGAAAUACAUGGCGAAUGCGGUAUCCCAUGAUGAAUGGAAAGGGUAUUGGGUUCGAGUCGAGGCUGAUGGUUUAAUUAUGGUUGGAAGCGAAGGAGAAGAUUUUCCAUUUAUGUAUUGGAAAGAUCCGCAGCCUUUCAAAAUCGAAUACUACAGUUUUUCCAGCUGGUUCGAUACUACUGCUAUUUGGAAACAUCGAUGUGUUGUUCAAUCGGAUGAGAAAUCUGAUAAAAAUGUGACCAAACCUUGUAAAACUUUCUACACGCAGGGUUACAAUUACUUCCCUCUUUACCCUGCUGAGAAGCCCGUGAGAAAAAAUAUCUCAUUUGAACUAAUCUUCGAAGUGAAAACUGAUAAUUUAGCUUCCGUUUUGCUUUCUACCACACCUAAACCAACAGAAAAAGAAUUGGUGUACGAGGUCAUAUUGGGUCCUUGGAAUGGUACUCUUUCGGAAAUUCGAAGAGGACAAAAAGCCGACGCUAGAACGAUGGCUGUCAUAGUGAUGACUGAUCUGCCUCCUCCAAAUGAAUGGAAGAAAUACUGGAUUCAGAUUCUCAACGACGGAACAAUUCUGAUUGGAAAAGUCGGCGAUGAAUUGAAACUGCCCUUUAUGCGGUGGAAGGAUCCGAAACCCUUGCAGAUCAAAUAUUUUGGAUUUUCUGGUUCUAUAAACUCGAUUGCACUGUGGCAGCAUCAGUGUUCGAAACAAAAUGAUCAACCGACUGUAGAUUCUCGUUCAAACGUAAGACUUCAAUUUAGUAAAGGAACUAGGAAAGGUAGAAACUGAUCAAUUUAUGAGUUGGUUUCUUAUUAUUUUGAUUAAUUGAAAUGAGUGUAUACCUAGCUAUACUUAUCUAUACAUACUUAAAUUUGAUUUCCUCUCCUUCCAUUUUCAGUGGGCGUUUGAAAUGGAAUUUGAGAGGUUUUGUAAAGGUGAGUGCUCGAUGUUUUCGACAAGUUUUUUUUCUUCUUAAAAUCAUACCUACUUUUCCGUCUGAACAUUUUUUUACAAAUUUUUUUUCUACUCUCUGGGCCCUGGGUAACCGAUAUUCUUUUUAUGCGUAUUGUUGUAAAUAUGAAAUAUUUUUUGUGUAAUUAUAGGUAAUUUAAGAUGAAAACAUGAUUUUUUGUUCCCUA